AUGUCCAAAGAAGAAGAAGAAAUAACAAAAAGGGAAUAUCGACCACCGACUACGAAAAUCAUGAGUCUAAACCAAAGACAAUGGCUAGCGAGGGGAAACAUCCCAUUGAUUGAUAGAUAUGGUGCGAUAGGAAAAAUCGUACGAAUUACUGCAUAUGUUCUUAAAGCGAUACCGAUAUUGUUGAAUGCCUUGAAGAAAGGCGCGAAAAAACCUGAAGUCAAUACGAGCGAAAUACUUGGAUCACUCACACCCAAGCUAUUGACUGAAGCGACGAUCUAUUGGAUAAAGUACACACAACUCAAGUACUUUAGUCCCGAAUUGGAAGCCUUAAAGCGAAAAGAUGUCAUCAAAUCAACAAGCAAUUUGUUGCGAGUGAACCCUUUUCUGGAUGCGGAAGGGAUUAUGCGAGUGAAAGGGCGAUUGACAAACUUAAAUGUCACAUAUGAUGAAAGACAUCCAAUUAUUCUACCAGCGAAAUCAAGUUUCACAAAGCGAUCGUUAGAGGAAGCUCACAAAGAGAUGCUUCACGGUAACAUACAAUCAAUGUUACAUUAUGUUCAAACGAAAUAUUGGGUAAUUGGAGCGCGAAAAGCAGCAGCUAAUGUAGCCAAAAGCUGUGUAAAAUGUCGAAGAUAUGCGAAUACAGAGCGAACUCAGUUGAUGAGUCAUUUGCCUGAAGUGCGAUUGUCAAAUUCUAGACCAUUCGCCAACUGUGGGGUCGACUACUUCGGGCCAAUUCAAGUAAAGCGAUUUGAAGGACGAUGCAAAUCGAUUGACAUAGGCUAUGGAGCUGUGUUUGUGUGCUUAUCAACGAAAAUGGUACAUAUUGAAUGUGUUUCAAAUCUUACAACUGAACGAUUCUUAUGGGCACUAGCGAGAUUAGCAUCGAUUUAUCAAAUGCCAAAGGAAAUGAGAAGCGAUAAUGGGAAAACAUUUAUCGGAGCAAAAAAUGAAUUGUGCGAUGUGUUGAAAACUUGGAAAUCUGGAGAAAUAAGCGAUUGGUUGAAUAGCAAGGGAGUCCAAUGGAAAUUCAUAACACCAAGGGCACCUCAUCACGGUGGCAUGUGGGAAUCGGCCGUAAAAUCAGCGAAAUAUCAUAUGAAACGGCUGUUGUGCAAUCAAAUUCUCACUUUCGAGAGAUAUCAAACAUUGUUUGCGAAAAUCACAGCAGUCUUGAACAGCCGUUCACUUGUACCAUUGUCCGAUGAACCGAGCGAUCUGAAUUAUUUAACACCAGCUCACGCGGUGACUGGAGAAAGAACAAUUCAACCAUUAUCGAUGGACUUGAGCGAGAUUCCAAUGAAUCGUGUAAAGCAACAAAGAAUUCUAGACAAAAUCCAACAAGAAUUUUGGAAUGUUUGGCGAAAAGAAUACGUCAGCACUUUGCAAACGCGAUAUAAAUGGAAUAAGGUCGAAUUAAAUCUCGAAGUGGGCGAUUUGAUAAUUCUCAAGGUCGACAAUUCACCACCUGGAGUGUGGCCACUAGCGCGAGUAAUUGAAACAUAUCCUGGAUCUGAUGGUUUAGUGCGAACAGUGAAGACAAAAACCACAUCGAGCGAAUUGGUACGACCAAUCACCAAAUUGGUGCGAUUACAUCCAGAAGAAGCGAAUGAUACGAACACAGUGAAUGAAGCGAAAAUACAGUCUACCUCGAAUGAUACGAUUAUACAGUCUACAACCAAAUGA